AUGUUGGUCGCUGAAAUCGACAAGUUGGCAAACGUCUCGACGAAAGCGAAGUCUAUAGUGUCCAAUUCAUCGUGCAAAUCGGCACUAUCGCUGAAGCUGCAGAUGCAGAAAGUGUUGGCCGAAGAAACGUUGAUGCUUGAGGAGAUGAAGCGACGACGGGAGUUCAUGAAGAAAAAGUUCGAGCUGAUGGAGGAAAUUGCUGAGGUACAAAGCUGUCCAGUACCAGGGGCCCGAACAACAGAUCCUUUAACGAAGGUGAAAGGUUGGCUCCAGAAGCAGCGUCAAGCCGAAAAUGAAUCAGUAGCGGCGGAUGACGAUGAGCACGAUAGCGACGAUGAUACGGAGGACAACAUGGACGACGACGAGGAUGACGACGCCGGAGAUACCGAAUCAAGCUCGGAGUAUGCGGCCGACGAAGAAGGUGACAACUCGUCGGGCGAAACGGAACCGGAAAGCGUCGAUAGCGAAGACGGUUCUAGCUCAGCAGACGAGUCAUACAACGAGCGAGGUGAUGAACACCAUGAGGAAAGAUUUUCUCCUAGGGAACGUUCAACUCCGGUACAAGUAAGGACUUCCAGAACGUCAAAUCGGGUGAAGCAUUCCCGGUCAAGUGCCACGCUUUCCCGCGACCAGAUUGCGGCACGUCAGGUUGUGCCAUGUGAUCUCCCGAAGUUUGGCGGCAGCCCAGAGGAAUGGCCGAUGUUCAUAUCGACAUUCGAAAGUACGACGAGAAUGUGUGGCUACAAGGACGAGGAGAAUAUGAUCCGCCUUCGAAACUGUUUAAAAGACGAAGCGUUUGCCUCUGUGCGGAGCUUUCUGAUGCAUCCGUCGAUGGUAUCGAAAGCGAUUAGCGUCCUGAAACUUAGGUUUGGUCAACCGCAUAUGAUCAUCAGUACGUUGCGCGAGAAGGUGCUAGCUACGCCACCGAUUAGAACUGAUUCGAUCGAAAAGCUAGUAGACUAUGCACUUGCCGUACAGAACUUGUGUUCGACUAUCGAUGCUUGUGGGCGGAAGGAGUAUAUGCGUGAUGCGACUCUGAUGCAAGAACUCGUUUGCAAGCUUCCCUCCGCUAUUAAACUGGAUUGGGCGAGGCACAGCAAAACACUAGCGAAGGUGACCCUAUCAACCUUCUCCGAUUGGAUUUUCUCGAUUGCGGAAGAUGCAAGCAUCGUAGCAAACCCUCGAAAGUCCCACAGCUACGAGCAGGAGCCACGCAAUAAGCGCCAAGGAAAGGUUUUCGUCAACACUCACGUUGAAUCUUCUCCAUCGGUAGCGGGUGGCCAGAAGGUUACUGGCAAUCGGCCGAACGUCGUUUCUAGCGGCAAAACCUCGAUGGAAGGACCGACCAUAUGCCCUACUUGCAAGGGCAGCUGUCGAACUGCAGCGAAGUGUGAAGUCACAGGCAGCCCGGGUAGCCCUAACCCGGCCAAGGCGAAUGAAGAACGCAGUAUCAACACACACCGCGUCGAAACUGGCCUAGAACUGUUCCGGUACAUCCCUGUAACGUUGUUUGGGCCGACGAAACAAGUGGAGUGCUACGCUUUUCUUGAUGAUGGAUCCGAGCUGACGUUGUUGGAUGAGCAGAUCGCCAAGGAUUUGGAUUUGAUCGGUGGUGCGAAGCCGUUGUGUUUGAAGUGGACUGGAGGAACUCACCGCUUCGAGGAGAAGUCAAGAUGUGUGGACAUCGGAAUUUCCGGAUCGGCGGGAAGAAAGUUUGAGCUAAGCGGAGUGCGGACGGUUGAAGCGCUUGAGCUACCAUAUCAAAGCUUGAACGUCGAGGUACUUCAGGAGAAGUAUGAGCAUCUGCGCAGUAUCCCAGUGGAGUCGUAUAAUCGUGUCCAACCAAGGAUCCUAAUAGGAGUCAAGCAUGCCAAUGUUUCGUUGGUAAGACGGUGCCGAGAGGGAAAGGAAGGCGAGCCCAUCGCCGUGAAGACCCAUCUGGGGUGGACGAUCUUCGGAGGUUGGUCGAAGCAAGAAUCGAGCAACGGCGGGAGCCAUAUCUAUCACAUUUGUGCGUGCAACCUACAGAACGAUGAGCAACUGCACCUGGCAGUGAAGCAGUACUUCAGCCUGGAUAGCCUGGGAAUCAUGAUGCCAGUUGCGGCCUCAGUAUCUAAAGACGACGAGAGGGCCUUGAUGUUGCUCAGCUCGCUCACGCAGGUCACCGGUAAUAGAUACCAAACCAGACUGCUCUGGCGUUUCGAUAAUAUUCGCCUUCCAGACAGCCGGCCAAUGGCCUUACAGCGGCUCAAGUGUCUAGAAAGGCGUCUAGCCAAAAAUGCCGAUCUGAAGCUUGCCUACAAUGGGAAACUAGCAGAAUACGAAACGAAAGGGUAUAUUAGGAAGGUAACCCAGAAGGAGAUAGAGCAAAACAAAGGUCACUCUUGGUACCUUCCCACGUUUCCGGUUAUAAAUCCCAACAAGCCAGGAAAGAACCGUAUUGUAUGGGAUGCAGCAGCAACCGCACAUGGAGUAAGUCUCAACUCUAUGCUGCUUACUGGUCCAGACUUGUUAAGCUCGUUGGUGGCCGUCCUGAACCAAUUUCGGGAAAACCGCAUAGGCAUUUGUGGAGACAUUCGCGAAAUGUUUCUCCAGAUCGGAAUACGUCGAGAGGACCAGUUCUACCAGCUGUUUCUAUGGAACGACAACGUGAAUCAGGAAGAACCCAGCACGUACGUUGUCCCCGUAAUGAUCUUUGGGGCCCGGUCAUCGCCAACUACAGCGCAAUUCGUUAAAAACCAGAAUGCUCAGAGGUUCCGUGCCGAGUUCCCCGUAGCAGUUGAAGUCAUUGAAAAAAAGCACUAUGUGGACGACAUGCUUGCCAGCACCGAAACGGAAGAUGAAGCCAUCGACCUGGCAAAGUCGGUGAAACACGUUCAUGCUCAAGGCGGCUUUGAUAUAAGGAACUGGGUAUCUAAUUCCGCCAAAGUUUUGAAUGCGCUGAACGAAAGCCCGACGAGUGAGAAGUCCCUAAACAUUGCAGCCGACAUUGCGACGGAGAAAGUCUUGGGAAUGUGGUGGAACACCUCAACCGACUGCUUCACCUUUAAGAUCUGCUGGACCAGGUUUGACGCAGUAUUGUUUGACGGAAGCAGAGCGCCUACCAAACGUGAACUUCUUCGGAUCCUGAUGAGUAUCUUUGAUCCGUUGGGACUCAUUUCGCAAUUCCUAAUGAUCCUCAAGGUUACACUCCAAGAAGUAUGGCGUAAGGGACUGAAAUGGGACGACCAGAUAGAAGGCAAGCAGCUCGACGAUUGGCAGACGUGGACAAAAUUGCUACCGAAGCUGGAGGAACUCCAAAUACCUCGAUGCUACCGCCAGAUCACAACAACUGGAGCCCAGAUUCAAAUGCACACAUUCGUGGACGCUGGAGAUAAAGGGAUGGCUGCAGUCGUGUAUCUACGGUUCGAAGAAAAUGGAAUCAUCGAAUGCGCUUUAGUCGGGGCGAAAACACGGGUUGCACCAUUGAAGUACCUGUCAACGCCGCGUUCGGAACUCCAGGCUGCUGUCAUCGGAGCGAGAUUAUCCAACAGUACUAUGAAGUCAUUGUCUCUUUCAGUGUCGCAGCGCUUCUUCUGGUGUUACUCACGUAACGUACUGUGCUGGUUACGUUCCGAUCACCGUCGUUACAGCCAGUAUGUUGCGGCGAGAACGAGUGAAAUUCUAGACACUACGGAAGUUAACGAAUGGAACUGGAUCAAAUCGGAGUGGGACGUAGCAGAUGAUGGCACGAAAUGGACCGGGCAGGAGCAGAUGAAGUCCGACGAUCGUUGGUUUCUAGGGCCGGCAUUUUUGCAGAAAGCGGAGCGAGAUUGGCCAGUUAUCCCGUACAACCAAGAAACUACGACCGAAGAGCUUCGUACCAGUGUUCUGGUGCACAGGAAAGUUCGGGAUCCAGUGGUUGUGGCUAGUGACUACUCUAGCUGGAAUCGUCUGCUAAAAGUUACGGCAUAUGUACAGCGAUUCGUUUACAAUCUACAAGCGAAACGACAGGGAUUAGUUUCACAUCAAGGACCAUUGUCUAGUGAAGAAUUGCGACAGGCUCAGCUGUACCAUUUUCGGCAGGCGCAACAAGAGGUGUAUCACGAAGAGAUAUUGGUGCUGAAGGAGGGGUCGAAAAAUGGAGAGAACGUGCGGAAGCAAUGGCAACAAUACAGUCGCAGCCAGAUCUACAAGAUGAGCCCAUUCGUGGACGAAGACGGAGUUUUGCGAAUGAACAGCCGAGCUGCGAAGUGCUCUUUCCUGUUUCCGGACGAAAAAUUCCCGAUAAUACUUCCGGACAACCAUCCGGUCACCAAAAUUCUCCUAGUGGAUUUCCAUGAGAGGUACCAUCAUCGCAAUUAUGCUACUGUGGCCAACGAGGUGCGUAGACGCACCAGCUCAUGCAUGAUGGCGUUGAACAAUUUCAUCGCUCGUCGAGGCACACCAGUGUGCUUUUACUCCGAUAGAGGGACGAAUUUCGUCGGCGCGUCCAAAGAGCUUCGUGACGCUCUGAAGGCGAUUGAUAAGCACGAAAUGUCGAAGGAGUUCACAACACCAGCUACGUCUUGGCCGUUCAACCCACCAUCCAGCCCACACAUGGGCGGUAGCUGGGAGAGGUUGAUUCAAUCGGUAAAGCGGAACUUGACGGAAGUGCUGAAGUGUAGGCGAUCAACGGAUGAGGAACUACGCAGUGCGUUGACACAGAUCGAAUCUGUUCUCAACAGUCGCCCACUUACUGAUGUUCCCGUGGACAAUGAGUCGGAACCGGCUCUGACUCCCAACCAUUUUUUAUUGGGGUCAUCGGAUGGCUCCAAACCCCUGACACUAUUCGAUGACAGCGUUCAAGCUGUGCGACGGGGAUGGCAGGUGUCCCAAAUGAUGGCGAAUCUUUUUUGGAGACGUUGGCUUCGGAAUUAUUUACCCGAAAUCACUAAGCGAACCAAGUGGUUUAAGAAGGUAAAGCCCAUAGCCGUGGGGGAUAUCGUCGUGAUUGUGGACCCGGAGUUACCACGGAACUGCUGGCCUAAGGGCCGAGUAAUCGGUACAGUAGAAAAAGGAAGUCAGGUACGUAGAGCAACUGUUCAAACUAGCAAGGGAGUGUACGAGCGACCAGCGGUCAAGCUGGCGGUCCUUGAUAUCUGGAGCGAAAAUAG